AUGCUGCGCUUCUUGUCUACCGCUACACUUCUGGCGCUCGCAGCGGCUUCUCCAGACCCAAAUCCAAACAAACCGGUUAACUACUCCACUGUCAUAUGGGAUAACUGGAAAAAGUCACUGAAACUGAACCCGAGGGUGCAGCACAUUCCUCUCGACGAAGAAAAAACUCAUUUGCGACCUCCUCCAGCCCAUAUCCCAGAAACAUUUGAAAUGUUUGUGGGGUCCUCGGUCUUCCGAGAUGGCUAUCGCUGCGGUAAAACACUUUUCACUGCGCUGAAAAGAGCGACGUACCCGGAGCGUCUCCACUUUGGGAUCCUGGAGCAAAUCUACGAAGGAGACCCUACUUGCUUGGAUGAAUACUGCAAAAUGGCUGCAGAGGAGUGGCCAGAAGACACGGAGUGCCGCUACAAGCACCAGAUCACCAUCGACACGCGUGACGCAGCCGAGUCUGCCGGCUGCACAACUGCGCGUCAUCUGCAGCAGAAGCUCGUGGGGGAUCAAGAGUUCUGUCUGCAAGUCGACGGCCACAGUGUGUUUACCAAUCGCUGGGACGAGAACAUCCUUGCGGACUGGGCUGUCAUUGACAAUGAGAUGGCCGUCAUGACCAUAUACCCGCACAACACACACAAGGACAUGAUCAAGGAGAACGGGGACAACAACGUCAUCAACUCGGUCCCACAUUUGUGCUCUGUAAUCAAAGGAGGCAACGGCCUUACGCGUAUCGACGGAGCCGCUGUGAUUAGUGACUCGUGGAUGCCUCAAAUGGCUGCGCUGUGGGGUGGGGGCUACUCGUUCAGCAAGUGCCAUGCAGAGCGCAGAGUACUGAUAGAUUCUCACACGCCGUGGCUUUGGGAUGGUGAGGAGUUCAUGCGCUCUGCGAACUACUGGACGUAUGGCUACGAUCUGUACUCGCCCAGUCGAUUGGGCAACGUGUUGUACCACAAUUAUUCCCAGAAACCCGCCAACUUCUGGGUGUCCCCGAUGGAUCCGAAGAAGAAGAGCCUCGACGGUGAAAUGGGCCGCAAUCGUGUUCGUCUUCGCAUCGGGAUGCCGUUCAAGGGAUACGUUGAUACUUUUGAACUCGACAAGUACGAUUUCGGUAAAGUGCGUUCUUUUGAGAGCUAUCUCAAGUUUUCCAACAUCUCGUUCGAGGGCUGGAUGAAUGACACCAACGCCUGCGGUCAGCUACGUUGGGUCCCGUACGAGAAUGCCACGGAGGUGGAGGAAAUUGUGGGUCCUGGCAUCAUCAUUGUUCUCGUUGUGGCUGUUGUGUUCGUGACGCUCUCGACCGAUGCAAAAUCCAGUGCCAUUCGUCGUAGAAUCUGCGUGAACAUGAAGAACAAAGCAGGCCACGCCAUAGAUUAA